AUGUCCACAGUUGUACAAGAACUGUGUCAGAUAAUGCUUGAUUUUUUCAAGUUGAUACCCCCGUGGUCUAUAACACAGAAAUACAUACCUGUGACUCAAGCACAUUUGAUUACAUCUGUAGGUGCAAAGCUAUCAGUGAGAAUUGUUUCAAAAGGCACCUGCACUGAGCCUAAACAUCCAGUCAUCCUGAGUGGAAAAUGUGAAAAGGUGAAGAUAAUUUGUUGUGCUGAGGCAUUGACUGACAGGAGUUCAGUGCCAAAGAAAUACCAGCACAUCUUGGCCUUGGCAUUUGCCAUAAAAGAGAUCAAUGAGAAUCCCAGCCUCCUACCAAAUGUCACUUUGGGCUUCCAUGUCCUCAACAGCUACUACGUUGCAAAGACAACUUUUAAAGCCACCCUCAGCCUGCUUUCCACACCACAUAGGUUUGUUCCCAACUUCAAGUGUGAUACUCAGAACCAUUUAAUUGCUGCCAUUGGAGGGCUUGUUUCUGAAACCACUGCCAAUAUGGCCACCAUCUAUACCACCUACAAGACUCCACAGCUAACUUAUGGAUCAUUUUCUCCAGUCCAAGGUGACAAAACACUAUUCCCUUUCUUGAACCAGAUGGUCCCAAAUGAAGCCUACCAGUACAGAGGGAUUGCCCGCUUACUUAAGCAUUUUGCAUGGACCUGGAUUGGACUCGUUGCUGUGGAUGAUGACAAUGGAGAAAACUUUUUGCAGACAGUGAUGCCCAUGCUAUCCCAGAACGGCAUCUGCUGUGCUUUCAUAUUAAGAACUCCAAAGCGAACUUACAUGCAAGAAAUGUUAGAGUCAUUGCUAACUCUGCUAGAUCAAUAUCCAGUCCUCACGGACAGGAAAGUCAGUGUCUGUCUCGUAUAUGGAGAACCUCCAGCUAUGCAAGUUUUGAGAAUGCUGUUGUUUACAGCAGAAAUGUCUGACUUGCCACCUCUGGGUAAAGUAUGGGUUGUUACAUCUCAGUGGGAAUUUGCUUCUUUAUCCGCUCAAAGGAUUUGGGAUACAACCCCCUUCCAUGGUGCUUUAUCCUUCACAGUUCACUCCAAUGAGCCACCAGGAUUCCAAACAUUUCUUCAAAUUGUAAGACCUUCCUGGUCUAAAGAAGAUGGGUUCAUCCAUGAUUUCUGGGAGCAAGCAUUUGGCUGUAGGUUGAAACAUUCUGAUGGGUACAGUCAAGUCUGCACUGAGGAAGAGAAGCUGGAGAGCAUCCCUGCAGUUUUGUUUGAAAUGAACAUGAUUGGCCAUAGCUACAAUGUCUACAAUUCUGUCUAUGCUGUGGCACAUGCAUUGCAUGCCACAUAUGUAUCCAGAUCCAAAAACAGGAGAUUUAAAAAAGGACAGAGGCUGAUGUUUCAGAAGAUACAGCCAUGGGAGAUUAAUCACUUUUUGAGAAGCAUUUUGUUCAACAACAGUGCUGGAGACACUAUACAGUUUGAUGAAAAUAGAGAAUUAGUUGCUGGUUUUGAUGUUACAAACUGGGUGACUUUCCCAAAUAGCUCUUUUGUUAGAGUAAAAGUUGGACAACUGGAACCUGAAGCUCCUGCAGGCAAAGAACUAAUCAUUAAUGAUGACCAGAUUGUCUGGCAUAGGAACUUUAAUCACGAACUGCCACUUUCUGUGUGCAAUGACAACUGCUAUCCUGGUUACAGAAGGAAAGAGAAGGAGGGAGAGAAAUUUUGCUGCUAUGAUUGUGCUCCAUGUCCAGAAGGGAUGAUUUCUGGCCAGAAGGAUGUAGAUGUCUGUGAAAAUUGUCCAGAAGAUCAGCAUCCGAAUGUUGACCAAAAUCAAUGCAUUCCCAAAGUUCUAAGCUACCUGUCUUACGAAGAAACAUUAGGGAUCAUCUUAGCUAUUUUGGCUGCUUCUUUGUCUUUGGUCACUUCUUUAGUGCUUGGAACUUUUAUUAAGCACAGGGACACUCCCAUAGUCAAAGCCAACAACCGAACCCUCACCUACAUCCUCCUUAUCUCCCUCCUCCUUUGCUUCCUCUGCUCCUUGCUCUUCAUUGGACAGCCUGGACACGUGACCUGCCUUCUCCGGCAAAUGACUUUUGGCAUAAUCUUUUCUGUGGCCCUUUCCUCAGUGUUGGCAAAGACCAUCACUGUGGUUCUGGCAUUCAUGGCAACCAAACCAGGAGCCAGGAUGAGGAAAUGGGUAGGGAAAAGGCUGACGAACUCAGUUGUCUUUUCUGGCUCCUUUAUUCAAGCUGGCAUUUGUAUGAUUUGGUUAAGUACUUCUCCACCAUUUCCAGAUACAGACAUGCAUUCACUGAGUGGGGCAAUUUUAGCAGAAUGUAAUGAGGGAUCAGCUUCCAUGUUUUACUGUAUCCUGGGCUAUAUGGGCUUCCUUGCAGUUGUCAGCCUCACUGUGGCUUUCCUAGCCAGGAAGUUACCUGACAGCUUCAAUGAAGCUAAGUUCAUCACUUUCAGCAUGUUGGUGUUUUGCAGUGUUUGGUUGUCCUUUGUUCCAACCUACCUGAGCACCAAAGGAAAAUACAUGGUGGCUGUGGAGAUCUUCUCCAUCUUAUGCUCCAGUGCUGGUUUACUGGGUUGCAUUUUUACCCCAAAAUGCUACAUCAUUGUGCUGAGGCCAGAGCUUAACAACAGAGAGCAGCACAAACACUGCAUGCAUUUCAGAACGUAUAUGAGCGUGAAACUGACUUGUGCUGUAAUCAGGGCCACCCCAACACGUUUUGUUGCUUGA